AUUUGAUGGUUGACUACCACCAAACAGUACCCCUCCCAUUCUCCUCCUUGUCUCUGCCUCCAUCCUCUCAUUGCAUCUCCUCUCCUCUCCAUCGGACAUACUGGAGCACACAGAGGAUGGAGAGGCUACUGAACCAGUGGUUAUGGCAGCAGGAGAUCUGGCUGCCGCCGGGCAUGUCCUGGAAGGAUAUAAAGAUGGACGGCGCGAGGAUGGUGAAGGGGAGCCGGUACCCGCUGCCCCGUGACCUGCUUCUCACUCUGCCCCUGGCACUGGCAUUCAUCGCCCUGCGAUACGUCUUUGAAAGGGUCAUUGCCCUGCCGCUCAGCAGACGCCUUGGGGUUCGGGACCGGGUGCGGGUUCGAGUGACCUUCAUCCCCAAACUGGAGGCCUGUUACCUUAACAACAGAAAACAGCUUCCCUCACAGAGUGACAUCCUGGGCCUGGAGAAGCAGUGCAGUCUGACCAGGAGGCAAAUCGAGACGUGGUUCCGGAACCGCCGCAACCAGGAUAAGCCCAGCAACACCAAGAAGUUUUGCGAGGCUUCGUGGAGGUUUCUCUUCUACUUCGUAGCCUUCUCCGCAGGCCUGGCCUCCCUAAUAGAUACCCCAUGGUUUUGGGACCACAGAGAAUGUUGGCAGGGCUUCCCAAAACAGCCGGUCGCUGAGGCCCACUACUGGUACUAUAUCAUGGAGCUGGGUUUCUACUGGUCGCUGCUGCUCUGUGUGUCUGUGGACGUGAAGAGAAAGGAUUUCAAGGAGCAGAUCAUUCACCACAUUGCCACCAUCUUGCUCAUCAGUUUCUCCUACUGUGGCAACUACGUGCGCGUGGGGACGCUGGUCAUGCUAGUCCACGACUCCUCUGACUUCCUCCUAGAGUCUGCCAAGAUGUUCAACUAUGCUGGCUGGAGAAAGACGUGUGACGUGCUGUUUGUGUUGUUCUCUGGGAUAUUCUUGGUCACCAGGCUAAUAGUUUUUCCAAGCAGAAUUGUUUAUACCACAAUGGUGGAUUCACUAGACUUCUUCAACCCGUUUUUCGGCUACUACUUCUUCAACGCACUACUCCUGGUGUUACAAGCACUCCACAUCUUCUGGGCCUAUCUCAUCCUGCGAAUGGUCUACAAAUUUGUCUUUCUGGGCAAGGUGGACCGUGACGAACGUAGCGAUGAAGAAAGUGAAGUAGAGGAGGAGGAGGUGGAGAAGGAAGAGGAGUGUAGCUGGGAGCAAAGGAAAGACACUCUGAACUCUAAAUUUGCCUCUUUGGCCAACAACUGUGUCCUCAACAACUUGACCCAACAAAGGAGAAACAUGAGCUACCGGAUGGCCAAUACCAGAUAGUACUGUUCUCACGUCUUUCAAAAGCUCAGGCUAAUAGCUUUGUGUACAUUACGUUUGUCUCCAUAUGUUAACUAUUCUAAUAUGUGGUUAAUGCGUUACUAAGGUCCACACAUGAUUUCACAAUAUAGCUCAUGUUAAUAUUGGGAAAUGACGACACCAAGGGUGUGUGCUAAUUGUAUAAUAACAGACUGUUAUGUUUCCUCUCCCGUUUCCGUUUAGUUAAGAUUUAUGAAUUUAUGUGACCAGACAGGAAUAUGAAUUUUAAUUUUGCGCUCCACCUGCGAUACUUCAUUUGCCUUCAGUUGCCACAGAUGAGACAUAUGUAUGUAUCUUAAAAUAGAGGAAUACUGUAGUAUACUGUAGGAUGUUUGGAAAAAUGUAUAAAUAGCUUUUUUAAAGGAUUGUAUAAAUACAUUUUGAGACUGUCGAUGACUGCUUUUACACCGAACUGAACCUUGUUUGGUAUCUGUGAAUUUGUUUAAAGUAAUAUAUUUUACUUGUGGAAAGACAAUUAAACUUGUGUUGAAAUUUGAUUGUAAGCCUUGUUUUUUUCUUCAAUGAAUGCGCAUAUUAUAUAUUCAUUUUUUCUUCA